GAACUUCCGCAUCUGACCGUUGUCGGAAGGAGUGGACGCUGUCUGCGCAGCAUCAUCACAAAGAAGAAGACAAACAUGGCGGACAUUUCCCUGUACCUCUCGAGCAUCCAUGGAGGGGGCGCGGGAGCGGUGCAGAAUCAGGGGAAGGACUUCGAGAGCGUGGAGCUCGGGGAAAUGAACGACAGCGCGGGGCCGCAGCCGCAGAGGGAGAAGGCUCCCCGGCGCGUCAUCCACUUCUCCAGCGGGGAGACCAUGGAGGAAUACAGCACCGACGAGGAGGAGGAGGGCGGCGAGCCGGAGAAGAGAGACCUGCUGUCCUCCCCGGUCGAUGCGGUGAGGUCAAAGAUGACGUGGGGACCAUAUUUCUGGUUCCACAUGUGGAGAGCAGCCACCUCAACCAUCUCAGCAUGUGACUAUCUUGGGGAGAGGAUGGCUUCCCUCUUUGGAAUAACAUCUGCCAAAUAUCAAUACGCCAUCGAUGAAUACUACAGAAUAAAGAAAGAGAGGGAAGAUGUAAAGGAGGAAAACCGGCUGUCGGAGGAAGCGGACCGAUCGGUUGACCAGGAAGAGGUGGUGACAAACGCACAAGAGGAAGAACCGGGGGCUCGUCCGGGAGUUUCCUAUCAAAUCGAGAAUGAAAGUCGCUCUGCUCCGAAAACCAUCACAGUUCCUGUCAUUGUCACGGCAACAUAACGGCCCCUCGAGAGCCCGACGGUACUAUAAAAAAAAAAAAAGUUAAAAACACAAAAAAACGUCUUGUUUCACCAAGCUUUUGGGUUUGUGCGUAACACAGCUUCGGAUGGGCAGCACAGCUGGAUUCCUGCGAGGACAGUUGGCGUGCAAUGAUACAUGUUGAGCAAUGAGGCGGCAGGAUGUUGCUGGAACAGUUAGCGAGAAAUGUUGCUCCCGCGUGCCUCUGAGCAACCACACUGUGCCUAAAUCUAAAAGAACAAAACAAAAAGUCAACAGGGCCGUUCCAGAUCCAAAGUCUCCAUCCUCUGCAGAUGUGUUGAAGCAUUUUAACACCUGGCUGCACCAAAGAGCUGAACAUUUGUAAUGUGCUUUUCUGUUUUAGAACUCAUUUUAAUGUGGAAGCACUGAACUGGUUUGUAGGUUUACCUGUGUCUACACCCAACUAACACGACUUAAGAGGAGAUGAAUGUGUCUGACUAGUCUGUGUUGCUUCAUAUCUCCAGGAAAUUAUGCAGAAUGACUAAAAAGUCUGUACAAAGGGGCAAAAAAAAUACAUUUUUACCAGUUUUUGUACAUUUUUUUUAAUAUUUGUGUAUUUAUUUUAAUUUAUUGAGGUAUUUUCUAUUGAUUUAGUAACAAAAUAAAGUGUUACGUAACUUG